AUGUCCGCAUACCCCGCCGUCGGCGCAUACGACCGCCGCGCUGCCCCUUCCGGCAGCGGGCCGGCCGCCAUGUACCCGCGCGUGGCGCACCCCGUGCCGUCCGCUUCCCCGUUCUCCGGCGCGGGCGGAACGUCCCUCCGCGUGCCGGUCGUGACGGCCGUCGGCGCAGGCGCGCAUAGCGGGGGCUUGGGCGGAGUGGGCGGAAUGGGCGGACACGGCCCGAGUGGCGGAGCGCCAGGGCUUGCUGCAGGCCCAGCGCCCAUCGCGGUGACCAUCAAGACGCAGCUGCGGGUCGCACAGCCGCCCCCCCUAGCGCCAGUGCAGGCGGUGCCGGUGAGCGCAGCGGCGUUUGACUUCGACGUGGAGAAACAGCUGCUGUCCGAGGCCUCGGCGCUGCACCAGCGCACCAGCGUGGCCGUCAAGCGCGAGGUGGAUCCACGGGCCAGCAAGUACAUACAGAUGGGCAUGGACAGGGAAGCAGUCAUCAUGGCACUUGCCAUGCACGGUGACUCGCACUCGCAGGUGGUGGAUUUCUGUAAUGCAUACACGCUGCUAAGAGAGAUGGGCUUUGAUCCGGUAGCCGUGGCGGGCUGUCUAGCGCUUUGCGGCAACGACCGCGACCGUGCGCUGCAGCUACUAUCCGCCAAGAUCGCAGGGCGUCGCCUCGGCGACCCUAGGAGCACGACAGAGCAGCAUGCAGGUCUCGGCGACCCCGCACGGCGCAACGCGCUGCCUCCCCCGCCCACCACGCGGCACCCCCUCACUGCUGCUCCAGCUGGCGUCCUGCCCAUCCCGCUCGCACUCCCCGGCCACCUGACCUUCCCGCCUUCCGCCGUAUUUGCGCACCUCCCCGCCUUCCGCAGUAUCUGCGCGCCUCCCCGCACCUUCCGCCUGCUCGUUCCCCGCCAGGAUGCUGUGCGGUGCCCCGCCCCAGCGACCCGCGCGACCUCCCCGCACCUUCUGCCUCCCCGACCCGCGCGAUGCUCGUCGGGAGCCUGGGAGCGCAAGCUUCCCGUUGCUCGCUCCCUCCGCGCGCCGCCUCGUGCCACACCGCCGUGCGCCUUACCGCCUCUUGUCUCCCCUGCCGACGAGGUCACACUCUCGUCUCGUGUCUGCCUGCGCGCACUUGCCUCCGUUCGUCGCAUUCCUCCAGCCUCUCCUCUCGUCCCGCCUCCACUCCAGCCGUCCCCGUGUUGA